AUGUUCACUAAACAGGCACUUCUUGCGUUCGUCGCGGCCCUGUCUAUGGCUGCGGCCAAGACUGACUCUGUGAAGACUCCAACUCAGUCUGAGAUCGAUGCAGCCCGUGCUACAGUUCUACCUUACUCGCCUGUCUCCAACGUCAAGGGGUUGGCUUUUGACCGCUUUGUGAACAUCUGGCUUGAGAACACUGACUUUGAUACAAGUGCUGCGGAUGAGAACUUGUCCAAGUUAGCCAAGGAGGGCAUCCUCCUGACCAAUUACUUUGCCAUCACUCACCCUUCGGCACCUAACUACUGCAUUUCCGCCGGGGGUGAGGCCUUUGGCAUAGACAAUGAUGACUUCAAGAGAGUCCCCGCCAAUGUCUCGACCAUUGCUGAUCUAUUUGACACUAAACACAUUGCCUGGGGCGAAUAUCAAGAGGAUAUGCCAUAUGCCGGCUACCAGGGUGACCGGUAUCCCCUCAGUGGUCCCAACCAGUACGUGCGCAAGCACAACCCGCUAAUCUUUUAUGAUUCGGUCACCAACGAUGCUGUGCGCCCGCGUCAGAUCAAGAACUUUACUACUUUCUAUGAGGACUUGGAGCACCACCGUCUGCCACAGCACAUGUUUAUCACACCCAACAUGACCAAUGAUGCCCAUGACUCGGACAUCACUGUGGCCGGCGAUUGGGUAGCUCGCUUCUUGAAUCCCCUGCUGAAGAACGAGUACUUUACCAAGGACGGCUUGGUACUGCUGACCUUUGAUGAGGGGGGCAAUUACUCCUACCCCAAUCGUGUCUAUAGCUUCCUGGUUGGUGGUGCCAUCCCCAAGCACCUGAAGGGCACCACUGAUGACACUUUCUACACACACUACUCAAUCAUCGCCUCUCUUUCCGCUAACUGGGGUCUACCUUCACUCGGCCGCUGGGACUGUGGGGCCAACCUGCUGAACAUGGUCGCUGAGAAGACCGGCUAUGUUAACUGGGAGGUCGAUACCAGUAACGCUUACCUCAACGAGACCUAUCCUGGCCCUCUGUCCAACAAUGAACUUUCAGAGUAUUCUCCGAUUUGGCCGAUUCCUGCUACCAAGGGUGCAUGCUCUGCUGGUCAUGGCAUUGCAGAGAUCGUGAAGAAAACUUACAACGGACUCCAGCCCACUUAUGACUACACCAGCCCCGUGCCAUAUGAUGCCGCCAGUGGAAAGAAUGUUGGCAUCAAGUAUCACCGUGCCCUGAAGAAUGGCAGGGAGGAACACGGUAUCACUGGGUAA